GCCUAAUCGGGGUUUCUUAAAGAACCGUUGGCAUUUAUAUACAAGAGUGGCUCUUGUGCGUAAAUAUUCUCCUCUCUUCCUCUCUUCCCUCUAUUAGAUUAUCGAUCUGGAGCCCUCUAGAGCGAGCAAUCCCAUCUCUAGAACUCAUCGCAAAUGGCAUCGCGAUCGAGGAAGCCCACUCUCGAGCUCCAGAUCCCCGCGCCCGACGAGAAUCCCAUGCUGCUCCCACUGAUCGAUUUCAACUGGCACUUCCAGUCGAUCGUGUCGCCCAGCGGCAGCUCCAGCGCCUCCCAAUCGCCGGUUCUCAGCCCGCGCGGAUCGAGCGAGCAGUCCGAGGAGGAGUGCCUGCGCGACGAGUUCUUGCGCGUCUUCCAGGCGAUUGACGAGAAUGGCGAUGGGCUCAUCAGCAAGGAAGAGGUGGGCAAGCUCAUGGCGAAGCUGGGCCACGGGAUGAGCGAUUCCGACCUGGAGCUCCUCAUGCUCACCGUCGAUCUCAACGGCGAUGGAUGCGUGGAUUUCGAGGAGUUCCAGGCCCUGUACAUUACGAGCGUGGAAGGCGGGCGCAUCGACGGCGGUGGAGGCGUCGGCGGCGACGGUGGCGAUGGCGCGGAAUCCUCCGACUCUUCUUCUUCUUCCUUUUCCUCUCUGGCGAAUCCCCGCGGCGAGGAGGACGAAGAAGAGAAUCUGAGGGAUGCGUUCCGGGUGUUCGACCAGAAUGGCGAUGGAUUCAUCACCGCCGAGGAGCUCCACCGCGUGCUCUCCCGCCUGGGAUUCAUCCAGGGCGCGCGCAGCAUUGCCGCUUGCAAGAACAUGAUCCGGGGGGUGGAUUCCAACGGCGAUGGGCUGGUCGAUUUCCUGGAAUUUAAAAACAUGAUGCUGGAGCGCCCAUCGCCCAGAUCCUACUUCGCGACCAUGAUCGAGGCGAACUGACAGUUCACGUACGGCAAGAUUAUGCCCCAGGUAAUAUACGCAUAUGCUUGAUUUUGAAUAGAAGCCAUUGUACGGUAGAGGGACUUCCCCUUGACAAAACUCGCUGUAGUUCUAUGAACGAGCAGGCCCGUAAAUGUACAAUUUUUUUUUCA